CAAUCGUCAUAUGGGGUUGUAGAAAUGAUUAACGAUUUAAAAAUCAAAGCAUGACACCGAAGACUUUGCAUGGCGUCUGACGAAUAUACCAACUUUGCACACUCAGACUUGGAACAAUUUCCUGUAAUCAUUCAUCUUGACCUAGACUGUUUUUAUGCACAGGUAGAAUCCGUGCGUCUAGGUCUAGACCCUUCAACACCUCUCUGUGUUCAACAGUGGGAUGGUGUCAUCGCAGUGAACUAUGCCGCUCGUGAAUACGGCAUAAGUCGCCACGAAAGAAUUGAGAAGGUUAAAGAAAAGUGUCCGAAUUGUGUACUAGUUCACGUCGAAACAGUCGGCUUUCCAGAUCAAAGUUCGUCACGAGAAAACGUUUCCAACCCGGACCUAUUGAAUCAUGGAAAAUCGGAAACAAAAGUUUCUCUCGACCGAUAUAGAGAAGCGUCAGCAAAGAUUUUUCAGCUGUUGUUUUCGUACAGUGAACUUUGUGAAAAAGCAAGCAUAGACGAAGCUUAUUUGGACGUGAGCGAGCAAGUCCAGGAUAUUUUAGUUGCCACAAGAAACCAACGGAGUAGCAUUGGGUCUAUAUUUGAACAGUUGAGUAUGACGGAGAAAGAAAGGGCGUACUACUUUGAAACUAUAUUUCAGCCUUUCGGAAAACGGGAGUUGCCUUUAUCUCAGAUACUUUCUAUUGGUUGUGCAAUUGCAGCAAAAAUACGAUAUGCCAUAUACUCUCAAUUCAAUUACACAAGCUCCGCAGGAAUUGCUGAAAAUAAGCUCUUGGCAAAAUUAGGAAGUUCUCUGAAUAAGCCUAAUCGACAAACUCUUAUAUCACCGAAAGCUGUCCCUUUUCUACUGGAAAAUCUACCGUUGAAGAAACUUCGAGGUCUGGGAGGCAAGCUAGGAACCCGCAUUGAGGAGAGAACGAAUGCAAAAACUGCUAAGGAAGCACAAAAUGUCACACUUGAAAAAUGGAAUGAAAUAGUAGGACGCGAAAAUGCCGAAUGGAUAUAUAAUCUCGUAAGAGGCAUUGAUUACUCACCUGUAAAUGCCAGAGGAAUAACAAAGUCUAUCCUUGCUGCGAAAAGUUUUAAAGCUGAGUGUUCUUGGGAAGGCAUGGAAAAAUGGAUAAAAAUCUUAGCUUACGAACUUUGUGAAAGGUUGAGGAAGGAUGAAACUAUGAAUAGCCGACGGCCGAUAAACUUCAUAGUGCAUUAUUCAUCAGUCGGCUCCGUAUCAUCUUCGAAGAGUAUUCCUUUUCCAAAUGGGAAGGAUAGAGUUUCAUCUUUGUCUAGGAAUGCAAUGAAAAUACUCAAAACUGCAAAUAAUUUUUGCUUUCCUUGCAAUCGUCUGAGUUUGUCAGUUACAAAAUUUCUAAAAACUUCCUCCGACCUUGGUUCAAUCGCAGCUUUUCUAAAGCCCCAAGAGAAUCAUCAGAAGUUGGUUGAAGAGUUAGUGCAGGAGUCUUCAUCAAUAAAGUCAUCUGAAACAACAGCAGAGGAAACUGCAUCAAAUUUGCAGCAGCCACCAGAGAAAUGCAAAGUUGUUGAGGUCGAACAAAGAGAAGAGGAGGAUUAUAUUCUUGCGCAACGAAUGCAAGUAGAAGAAUGGUUGAAGUUGAGAAGCGAAGGUGAUUAUAAUUGUGACGAUAGAAGAGAGAGCAGGAAGAAGAAGAGACGAGUUCAAACGUUGGAUCACUUCUUCCAUAAGUGAAAGGGGAUAUUGAAAACUUUCCUAAUAAUAUUUAUUUCCAUAAACACAUCCUUAGUCUUAUCCACGUUCUUCGGCAGGGCUUUACUCCUGCUUUUUUAACUGGGCCUCGGGAUUUAUGUCUUGGAACAGGAGCUUUUUACUCCUUUUUUGACGAAUUCUGGCUAACUGUGAAUCUAUGUUUUAUAGCUAGUGGUAGAGAAGAAGCACGUUGUCUUCUCUCAAUCCUCAACCCAGAAGUCAAUGGGCAACGUUAAUAUGGUUUUUAUGGAAGAUGACUUAUCAGUUUUUUGAGCAAGUAUACUAGUGGCAUCCGGCUUUCCUUUUUUUUAAGUUUACUGAAAGGCUUCCGUUGUUCUUUUGUGGUCUUUUAGGUCUUUUUGGGAGUUUGAAGAUCCUUUGUUAAAGCCAACUGCCUUCAAGUUGCAUUUUACCAAGUGAAGCGUUCUUUGUUAACUUUGUGUGAUGGGCGUCCUUCAAAAGGUUCAUUACGGUGGGUUUUUUAAAAAGGCAAUGAAGUUUCCUUUUCGUGC